AACAUUAAGCAAGGCUCGUCGCGCCACACCCCCUUCUUCAUUUCGCACAUAUCUUGCGAUUUAUAAAUUUGUUUGAAUCACCCACAAUAUUGUAUUUGACAAUUGUGUUUUGUUAUUCCUCAAAUUGGAAUUUUAAACGCACAAGCGGUACUUGCAAGCAGACUUACAUCUGACUACUUCCAGCAAAGAGUAACAAGUACAAUGCAAGCAGGUGGUUGUAUGAAGAAAGUCAACCCUUGUAUUUUUGAUAUUAAUCAAAAAUUAUAUCAAUGUUUGCGUAAUAAGAUAUCUACUAGAAGUUUAGUUUGCAAAAUCUAUUAUUCAAGAUGACAGAAUACUGGUUGAUAUCGGCACCAGGCGACAAAACCUGUCAGCAGACGUGGGAAACUAUGAAUAAUUUGACAUCCAAGCAACAUUCUCUAUCGGUGAACUACAAAUUUCAUAUUCCCGACUUGAAGGUCGGAACAUUGGAUCAAUUAGUUGGCUUAUCAGAUGAUCUUGGUAAGCUUGAUGCAUAUGUGGAGCAAGUGACGCGUAAAGUGGCAACGUAUCUGGGAGAGGUUCUGGAAGACCAAAGAGAUAAGCUGCACGAAAACUUGAUGGCCAACAACAGUGAUUUGCCAUCAUAUAUAACUCGCUUCCAAUGGGACAUGGCUAAAUAUCCCAUCAAACAGUCUUUAAGAAAUAUUGCGGAUAUUAUUAGUAAACAAGUGGGGCAAAUUGAUGCUGAUUUGAAAACUAAAUCGACGAUAUACAAUAAUUUGAAAGGCAGCUUACAAAAUCUUGAAAAGAAACAGACGGGAAGUUUAUUAACGCGUAAUUUAGCAGAUUUAGUGAAAAAAGAACAUUUUAUCUUGGACAGCGAAUAUUUAACUACUUUACUUGUAAUUGUACCGAAAUCCAACUUUCAGGAAUGGUACGGUUGUUAUGAAAAAUUGACGGAUAUGAUCGUACCACGCAGUACUCAACUUAUUACUCAGGACUCGGAAUACGGAUUAUUUACGGUCACUUUGUUUAAAAAAGUGAUGGAUGAAUUUAAAUUGCACGCUCGUGAGAAAAAGUUUAUUGUACGAGAUUUUACGUACAAUGAAGAAGAAUUAGCAGCGGGAAAAAAUGAAAUCACCAAGUUAGUAACUGAUAAAAAGAAGCAAUUUGGACCACUUGUUCGCUGGUUGAAAGUCAAUUUUAGUGAAUGCUUUUGCGCUUGGAUUCAUGUUAAAGCUCUACGUGUGUUUGUUGAAUCUGUUCUAAGAUAUGGUUUGCCGGUUAAUUUUCAAGCAAUACUGUUGCAUCCCCAUAAGAAAUGUUCGAGACGAUUACGUGACGUUUUAAAUCAGCUUUACGCUCAUUUAGAUUCAUCUGCUACGGCAUCAACGACUGCACAACAUAAUCAGGAUGCUGUCGAUAUACCAGGACUAGGUUUUGGUCAAAGCGAUUAUUUCCCGUAUGUUUAUUAUAAGAUCAACGUGGAUAUGGUUGAUAAUAAGGUCUAAUCAUUAGAACCACCUUUUUUUCUCCUGAAUAUUACACUUUUUAUUUGUCUGGAUGACAUAAAUCUAUUGCAUCAGGAACCUAAUGGCAGAUUGUGGCGCACAUAGCCCUUUUUUACAAAUCUUUUGAGUGAAUAAAAAUGGGAAAAGGAAUAUUAUACUACAAUAUUACAUAGAAUUGUGCAUAACAACUUAUGCAUUUUUCCGUACACAUGUUACCCUCAAGUAUUAAAUAAAAUGAAAUUAAAUAUAAUAAUAGAUUACAAUUUUGAUUUUCAUAUUGACUUAUAGUCGUGAAUUUGAUUCGCCAAGUAUCUCUGUGAUGGUAAUUUAUUUGAUUCCAUUAACUUGCUUUUUGGUACUUGGAAAUGGCGUAAUGUAUUUUACAUACUAACGCAAUAUAGAAAUUAACAUAGAAAUUCAUUAUUUUUAAAUAGAAUUGGUACAAUGCUUAUAUACCCGUUUAAUCUGUAUAAAGAGAUAAAAUAUAUACCAAUCUUUUUAUCAAUAUGUAAAAACACAAGUGUUAUACAAAGAGAAGUAGACCUUAUUAUAUCUAUAAAGAACAUUCAUAUUAAAUGUGUCAUGUGAAUAUUUAAUAAAAAUGAAUGUCUUUAUUAAUUUAUGAAGAGGAAUAUCUACUAUUACUAUUGAUACUAAAAGAAAUUUUUCUGUCAUGUAUUCUCAUAGUACAUACAAGAAUUUCUAUUUUUGCGAUUCUUAUUUUCUUAUUUUGUGGGUAUUGCUCGUGUUGUGCUUUCUCCCUAUUUUAUAUUUAUCAUGUGAUCAUUUGAUCAUGUUCGCAGAAAAUGAAAGCGGUGUGUACACAAUGAUAUAAUGUGCAAAAUUUUCGUUCUACACAUGUCAACAUAGUCGUGUGAUCACGUGACAAAUAUGAAAUAAUAAGCGAACUGUAAAAGAGAAACAUGUAAAUAUGUAGAAACAAGGAUCGUAAAAUGUAAGGAUUCUGUUUUGUAUUUUAUCGUUUCAAAUAUUUAAUAAUUAAUGAAAUUAAUUAAAAUCAUGCCUAAUGCACAACAGGCGGAUUACGCUACGCAUUAUCUUAUAUAUAGAAAGUUUAUUGUUACAUUAAGAUCAUGAAGAUUGAAGAAUUUUAAUAUAUGUUAUAAACCGUAUCAUUAAAAUAUAUCCUACAGUUAUAUGUGCUAUAAUUAACAGUCAAACAUUUUAGUAGAUUGCAAAUAUAUCUAAUCGUAAUAGAAAUUCAUUGAAAAUAUAUAAUUAUAAAGAAAUGUUAAAGCUUCUUUAUUUUUUGGAGCAACGUUCAAAAAUGAUAUUAUCUUUUAUGUCAUAAAAUAUAAACAAAAAUGAUAUUUGUUUUUGAUUAUAAUAGACUAACUGUAUUAUCUUUUUGCUACUCAUUCUAUUUGCAGAUUAAGUUCGCCUAUUUGAGUCGACACUGUUACAAACUGUACAAAAUAGGUCUCUUGUGAAUAUAUUAUAUCUUAAACAUAACAUAAAGAUAUGCAUUCACUGAAAACAUUUAAUGUUGUUAAAACAAAUAUAAUUUUUCAUGUUGAUUAUAAUGUAUAUUACUUCUGUAUAUAAAAAAAAAAAUUCCUUGUAUAGCGUAAUUUCAUAUGUUAUAGAACAUAUUCCAUAUAUUGUAUUUUCAGUUG